AUGAGCGAGGCGGAGGCUGUCGACGAUUUGCGUAAGAAACUGGAACACUACAUGAGACAGUAUGAACCCAUAGAUGGUACUGUGGAGAACAUAAGCUUCGCGAGGGUGGAGAACAUGGGGGAAACGGUAACCGCGCACAAGGUGGCCGGUCAGAAGGAAUCCGGUAUUCUCGGCUACUUGUCCGGGAUGCGCGCGCUACCACAGACGAUAUAUUUCACUCGGCACGGUGAGAGUGAGUACAACGUGCUGGGACGAAUCGGAGGCGACGCGAACCUCUCUCCUCGUGGCCAGAAGUAUGCGCAUGCGCUGUCUGAAUAUAUCAACGCCAUAGCUGGCCAAGAGCCGAUGGCCGUUUGGACUUCGGAGCUACGCCGCACCAAGCAGACUGCCGCUGAAAUAAUGGCACCAAAACGUGCUGUCAGAGCUCUUAACGAGCUGGAUGCGGGCAUUUGCGAGGGCCUCACAUACGAAGAGAUGCAAGAGCGGUUCCCCCAGGAGUUCGCCUGGCGCGACCAAGACAAACUUCGCUACAGAUACCCGUGGGGAGAAUCCUACAUCGAUAUCAUGACGAGGCUUCGUCCAGUCCUCUCCGCUUUGGAGGACGAAGACAAUGUCGUUGUUGUCGGACAUCAGGCUGUGCUGCGGUGUAUGCUGGGAUACUUCCUUGACGCUAAACUGGACGAGUUGCCAUAUAUGACCGUGCCCCUUCACACCAUAGUUAAGUUGACAUCAUAUGGCUACAAGUACAAGGUGGAAAUGAUCAAAUUGCCGAUAGAAUGUGUUGAUACGCAUCGCAAACAGCCUAAGAAUUGCUCUAUAACCAGGACAUCAGCGGACGCGUUGCUGACGGUGCCGUCUCACUACGACACCCUCCCGUCAAACCUAUGGCAGAACUCGACCGAAGCCCAACUUUAG